AUGUUGAUACCCAAAAAGAACCGAAUUGCCAUCUCUGAGCUCCUUUUUAAGGAGGGAGUAAUGGUAGCCAAGAAGGAUGUUCACAUGCCAAAGCACCUUGAGCUGGCAGACAAGAAUGUGCCCAAUCUCCACCUGCUAGCUGAAUUGUUGCUACAACAUGUCAUGAAGGCCAUGCAAUCUCUGAAGUGUCAUGGCUAUGUUAAGGAGCAGUUUGCAUGGAGGAAUUUCUACUGGUACCUCACCAACGAGGGCAUUCAGUACCUCCGGGAUUACCUUCACCUGCCACCUGAGAUUGUGCCUGCCACACUCUGCAGAAGUUAUCCUGAGACAGGAAGGCCAAGGCCCAAAGGUCUGGAGGGCAAGAGACCUGCUGGACUUACUCAGGGUGAAGCUGACAGAGACACAUACAGAAGAAGUGCUGCUCUCCCUGGUGUUGACAAGAAGGCUGAGGCUGGGGCUGGGUCAGCAACAGAAUUCCAAUUUAGAUUUGGUCAUGGAUAUGGUCAACCUCCUCAAUAA